AUGCAGCAGCAGGCGCAUCUUGCUCAGCAGGGCCAACAUCAAAAUCCUCAGCACGCCCAGGUAGUUACACGUGCCCCCACGCGUUUUGAGCAUCCCGAUUCUAGACUUCGUGCUGACAACUAUAUUCACUUGCAGCAUAUGCUUGCGCAGCAGAUGGCAAUGCAACAGCACCAAGCCCAGCAGCAAGCGAAUAACCAGAUGCACCAAGGUAACCAGCCUGGUCAUCCCGGACAGAUGAAUGCCCAGCAGAUACAAAUCCAACAGGCGCAAAUAGCACAGUCGAUGGCGCAACAGGUCCCGCAAGGCCCUCAAGGCCAGGGACCUCAACCUCAACCCCAGCCCCAAGGGCAACCACAGCAACAAGGACAGCAGCAACAGCCGCCACAGCAACAACAACAGCAGCAGCAGCAGCAGCAGCAACAAGGCCAACAGCAACAAGGCCCACAGCCAGGUCAACAACCGCAACCGAACUCGCAAGGUCCCCAGAGAGCCCCGACGCCGGCAGUUGCACAACCGAACCAACCUCAGAAUCAAGGUCCAAAUCCCGCACAAGGUAAUCAACCGCAACAACCGCAAGGCCAAGGACAGCCACCGAACGGCCAACAGAGCCAACCUCAGCAACCCACCCCGCAGGCGUUACAGGCAGCCCAUAUGCAGCUGCCAAAUAGCAUCCAGCAGCAGUUAUUACAUCAUCAACAGCAACAGCAAAAGAAUGACGGCAUGAAGGGUCAGUGCCUCUUAAAGCUGCUUCAGUUCGGCGAGCACCUUAGUGCCUAUCCUGGCCCACGAACAAAGGAUGACCUUGCGUACUGGAAUAGCUUUGUCGGGCAAUUCUUCUCGAUGAGGGGCAUCUUUAGAAUCUCUCUAUUUUAUAUUGGUAGUGAUACGGGCAACGAAGAACACGCGGAUAAGCAGUACGAUAUAACACAACCUGCGCUAGCACGCUACUUUCAUACACAUUACGAGAGCGGCAUCCGAAGGAUCAAUUUGACGUUCGAGAGAGGCAUUACUGACAGGCCAUUGCCGAACGGUUGCCAUUUCAUCGAGAACCAAAGAGCGCACUUGACCUACUGGUUCGACAAUUCUCAUCUCGUCGCGACGGGAAUACUCCGAGCGCAGUUUGACAGCGAGCAAAAACUAGAUCUAUUAGAAUUCGUCACGCAAAGCCACGAGGAGUAUCACUCGAGGAAGAUGGUUACCGAGGCGGCGAGACCGGCGCACAACUGGGUUAAAGAAUGGCUCAAGGUUAAUAACCAGGACUCGCGAUUGUCGCCGGAGAUGAGCAAGAAGGGAAAGGCGAAGACAUUGAAGUCGCCACCAAAUCCACCCCCGGAUAUUGACCUACCUCCGUCAGCCGUCAAACAAAAUAUAGGCCUCACAGAAGGCGUGUUCCAAUUCCUCGAGAUCAUAGAAGUUGUUGGACAGAUGAAUCCAUUGUUCAACUUUUACCAUUCGCAUCCAGGCCUCUCCCCUUACGCUGCACUUGAGCAGUACGUCAACCAGAAUAUUACCAACGCCCCGCAGCAACCGUUAGUGAAUGGCCAACCUCAAGGCAAUGGCCCACCCAACCCGCGGACUCCCAGUUUUGGCCAAUUCCCUAUGGGCGCUUCGCCAGCUACCGCGCAUCUACAGCUUCCCAAUUCGCCUCACAUGGGCAGCCCCGCCCAGGGACACAUGCAAGCACCCGGCAUGCAACUACAACAGAGUCAGCAAGGAACGAGCUCUAGCGGGCCCAGCGCUAAUACGAGUCCAGCAAGCAACAAGCGAAGGAGGCCUUCAACGGUAAAGGCCGAGGAGGACGCUCCGACACCCGCAAGUAUCGGAGUCUCUCAGGUAAACGGCGUUGCGAUGGGCAACAAGAAGCCACCCGGGACGCCUCGACUACAGAAGCGUGCUAAGGGGAACCCUUCAUGA